AUGGCCAAUAAAGGAAAUGAAACCGGAUCAUCAGUCAGCGGUACCAUCCCAAUGGAACAAAUCAUGGAAAGAGCAGUCAUCAACUUUUUGCAGGCCUUGCAAACCAGCAUAACCAAUGGGGCAUUAGAGAGACGAGAAGAAUCGACUACGAUUAAACAAUUUUCGAAUCUGAAACCCACUACGUUUAUCGGCAGUCCAAACCCACUAGUAACAGAGGCUUGGGUCAGGGACAUGGAGAAAAUCUUUCGCGCGCUACCUUGCACAGAAAGACAGAAGGUGACUUUUGCCACCUUUACCUUCAAAGACGAUGCACAAGAAUGGUGGCUUCUUACCCUAAAGAGGGAAGAUAUUGUGACUUGGGCAAGAUUUUUAGAGGUGUUCUAUGAAAAGUAUUUCCCAGAUUCACUACGGGAACAAAAAGCGUCAGAGUUCAUACAUCUAAGGCAAGGAACCAUGACAAUGGCCGAAUAUGAAAGUAAGUUCACACAACUGGCCCGGUUCGCGACAUAUGUCAUUCCCACCGAAGCUCGAAAAGCCAAAAAAUUUGAAGCAAGAUUGGAUCCUGAAAUUAAGGACAGGCUAGAGGUUUUGAAACUACCAACCUAUGCGGCAGUGGUAAAUCGAGCAUACAUUGCGGAAAAAGGGAUUAAAACCUUGCGUUCCGGGGAACCAAGCCAGAGGAAGCGAUUUUGGGAAAGAGAUAACAGAAGACCCGGUGUUGCGCCUCCCAAGAAAGUAAAUACGGGCACAACCAGUUCAACCGGUCCAAGCAAUCAAAGUCUUACAGACCCUAAAGGUGGCACCAUUCCAGCUUGCUCUACCUGUGGAAGGACUCAUUGGGGACAAUGCUGA